AUGGCUUCCGAAUAUGUUCCCAUUCUCAGCCUGUUAGGUCAAUUGAGUUCUGCAUCGCCAACUAGGGCCUGGCAGUCAGCUCCUCAUCCACACCUGCCAAUUGUUGCUACAGCCACCAGCGACAGGACUGUGUCGAUCCAUUCCCUCCGCGACUUCCGAAUCCUAAGCACGAUUUCUGGAGGUCAUAAGCGCAGCAUUAGAUCAGUCGCCUGGCGAGACGACGGUAAGAAAGGAGAAAGUGUGCUUGCAACUGGAAGUUUUGAUUCGAGUGUCGGCAUCUGGAAACGAGAAGAUGCAUACACUAAGGAUGAAGGGGGACCACCCGGUGGCAUGACUGAGGACGACCUUGACUUGUCGAAUGAGGGUUUCAUAGGCAGUGAGAGCAUCAGGAGUGAGGAUUCUGAAGACUGGCAAUUUGCGGUUCUGCUCACUGGCCAUGACUCGGAAGUUAAAUGCGUUGCUUUCUCGCCAUCAAACCCCUCUUUGUUGGCAACAUCCUCACGCGACAAGUCUUUGUGGAUAUGGGAGGCCGUUUCCGAAGAAGAUGACUAUGAGACCAUCGCAGUCCUGACGGAUCAUUCGGGAGAUGUGAAAUGUGUGGCCUGGCACCCAGAACGGGAGAUUCUGGCGAGUGGGAGCUACGACGAUUCAAUACGGUUAUGGCGAGAUAUUGAGGAAGAGGGCGAUUGGGGCUGUAUUGGCUGCAUUGAAGGUCAUGGGGGAACUGUAUGGGGAGUUACUUGGGAGCCUCGCCUCGGGAAGGCUUCUCAUGAGGAGCUGAGGCUGGCGAGCUGCUCGGAUGAUCUGACCAUCCGAAUAUGGAAGAAGGCCGCACCCGAAAGAAGAGAAGAACGCAAACCUGGAGCACUGCCCUCGAUUAUUCGGCCACCUUCGAGCACAGAGCUCUGGCAGCAAGACUCUAUACUCCCUCAAAUGCAUUCUCGAUCCAUCUAUGCCAUCGCUUGGUCCAAAAUAUCAGGAAGGAUAGUUUCUUGCGGCGGCGAUGGCAAUAUCUUUGUCUAUAAGGAAGUAGAAAGCAAUGAAUCAGAGGAAGACGAUUCUAUGCAAGGGACAGAUAGUAAUGGUGAAGCACCCGAUAGAAGGUGGCAGGUCGUUGCUCAGAUGGGCGGCGCUCACGAUGACUACGAAAUCAACCAUGUUUGUUGGGCACCGCGACAGGACCGUGGCAAACAACACGACGACGAAGAAGUGAUCUUGUCAACGGGUGAUGAUGGUGUUGUUCGUGUGUGGACCCUACCAUGA